AUGGAAACACUAAGAUUGAAGAUACGUUAUGAAAUGUUUUUUCAGCAACGCAGUUUCUAAAAAAAUUAAGUUCAUAGAACUCAUACAUGUCUGAACCAAUCCUCAAUUACACUGUUCUACAAACGGUUAAAAGUAUAUAUCUCCUACAAUUUAUCUAUUCAAUACCAACAAUCAGAUGAUAACAUUAAUAGAUAUUUAGUAAAAAAAGGUACUUAGUGGUAUUAUAUUCCACUCAUGUUUAGUAAAAAUAAGAUCAUUUUUACCAUCUUCAAGACUGUUUGUUAAAAAACCAAUACUUAUUAUGAUAAUGUGGUUCAUUUACAACUUGAGGUAUAAAUGCCUAAAGAUAAAUAUUUCUUAAGAAAUUUAGCAUAUUAUAAACUCCUUUCCUAAUUUGAUGAUUGCUAAAAGGAAUUUCCCAAUAGUCAGAAGACAAUUGCACUUAAAAUAUCUACUCAUCAGUUUUAAGUUUGA